AUGGCUACAGGGCAGGUGUGGCUGCAGGUGUGGCUACAGGGUAGGUGUGGCUACAGGGCAGGUGUGGCUGCAGGUGUGGCUACAGGGCCGGUGUGGCUACAGGGCAGGUGUGGCUGCAGGUGUGGCUGCAGGUGUGGCUACAGGGCCGGUGUGGCUACAGGGCAGGUGUGGCUGCAGGUGUGGCUACAGGGCCGGUGUGGCUACAGGGCAGGUGUGGCUACAGGGCAGGUGUGGCUGCAGGGCCGGUGUGGCUACAGGGCAGGUGUGGCUACAGGGCAGGUGUGGCUGCAGGUGUGGCUACAGGGCAGGUGUGGCUGCAGGGCAGGUGUGGCUGCAGGGCAGGUGUGGCUGCAGGUGUGGCUACAGGUAGGUGUGGCUGCAGGUAGGUGUGGCUGCAGGGCAGGUGUGGCUGCAGGGCAGGUGUGGCUGCAGGGCAGGUGUGGCUGCAGGUGUGGCUACAGGGCAGGUGUGGUUACAGGGGUAGGUGUGGCUACAGGGCAGGUGUGGCUGCAGGUGUGGCUACAGGGUAGGUGUGGCUGCAGGUGUGGCUACAGGGCAGGUGUGGCUACAGGGCAGAUGUGGUUACAGGGUAGGUGUGGCUACAGGGUAGGUGUGGCUACAGGGCAGGUGUGGCUGCAGGUGUGGCUACAGGGUAUGGCUACAGGGCAGGUGUGGCUGCAGGUGUGGCUACAGGGUAUGGCUACAGGGCAGGUGUGGCUGCAGGUGUGGCUACAGGGUAGGUGUGGUGGCUACAGGGCAGGUGUGGUGGCUACAGGGCAGGUGUGGCUACAGGGCAGGUGUGGCUACAGGGCAGGUGUGGCUGCAGGGCAGGUGUGGCUGCAGGGCAGGUGUGGCUGCAGGUGUGGCUGCAGGUGUGGCUACAGGGUGUGGCUGCAGGUGUGGCUACAGGGUAGGUGUGGCUACAGGGCAGGUGUGGCUGCAGGGCAGGUGUGGCUGCAGGGCAGGUGUGGCUGCAGGGCAGGUGUGGCUGCAGGUGUGGCUACAGGGUAUGGCUACAGGGCAGGUGUGGCUGCAGGUGUGGCUACAGGGUAG